GCUACAUGACCCCGGAAGUAAAACAAUAAAGGCAGCGUUCAGAUGUUGUAGCUGAAAUUUGUUGAGAAGUUUAGUCAUCUGUCAGGAAGUUUCUGGUGUGUGGACAUGGCUGUGGAUUGGAUUGGCUUCGUGUAUGCUGCACUGGUGUCAACAGGAGGAAUCAUGGGUUACAUGAAAGCAGGCAGUGUCACCUCUCUGGCUGCAGGAGUCCUGUUUGGCCUGCUGGCUGCUGUAGGUGCUUAUCUAAUAUCUCAAAAUCCCAGGAAUGUCUGGCUUUCAGUAGGCACCUCGGGAACUCUGGCUGUGGUGAUGGGACUACGGUUUUUAAACUCUGGGAAGUUCAUGCCUGCUGGUUUUAUGACUUUGGCAAGUGGACUGAUGCUGUUAAGGAUCAUCUUGAUGCUAAAGAGACCACAUCAAUCUUAAACAUAUGUAAUAUAAACAUCUUCUGUAUCCAUGCAGAUUUCUUUUUUUUACAUAAAAAACUAUUUGUACUCUCAUAUUCUGUAAAUCUAAACAUGA